CCAAAAAACGAUUUUUUCUUAUUUCUAUUUAUCAAUUUUCUUCUCCCUAACACCUUUUUUCUCAGCAGCCUCCAGGAUUUUCGUUUAUAUUUCUGUCAUUCUUGACUCCUUGUCAUCAGCCUCCGAUAUCCAUUUCUUAUUUACCGCCUCCUCAAUCGAAGGAUUUUCCAAUCGUCUUCGAAUUUUCACGAAGCUCGCAUCAAUUUUCGGCGACGAAUUUGAAGAUUAUACGGUCGAAUUUGCGGGCUGAAAUUCGUAUUCAAGGUUGUGUUCAGUCCUGAUUCCUGAAGCGAAAUCGCGGAUCAGAAAAAGUACAUAAAGGCUCAGAUCUUUUUCAUUUGAGUUUGUCAUGGAGACAGUCUUGUCUUAAAAGUUAUAUUAUAAAUGAUUGCUGGAAAAGGUGAAGCAUCAAGGAUGAUGAAACAUUCAAUAAAAUCCUUUGUCGGGACUCAUGUUUCUCCGGAGAAAACUGAACAGCUUAAAGAGACAAAAAAUGAAAUUGAGAAUAAAGUGAAAAAGAUCCUGAACCUGAUCAAAGAUGGAGAAGAAGGCAAUUCCAAAGAUGAAGGAGAAGAAGGCAAUUCCAUAGUAAACUCAAACAGAGAGUCAGAACUCUUUGGCCUCGUCAAGGAUUUCCAUGAACAAUAUCAAUCACUCUAUGACCAUUAUGAUCAUCUUACUGGAAAGUUAAAGGAGAAGUUUCAUUACCAAGAAGGAAAGGAUGGUAACACAUCAGCUAGUCACAGCUCAUAUUCUGAUUCUGAUUCUGAUUCUGAUUCUGAUCAUUCUUCCAAGGAGAAAGUCGGUGAAAACAGAAAACAGGGCAAUGAGCUUCAAAAGCAGGAUGAAAGCAUUAAACGAGAACUUGAAGCUGCAAAUGACCAAGUUUCUGACCUGAAGCAAAGAUUGGAAGAUGCAUACAGAGAGAAGGAAGCUUUGAGAGCAGAUAUGGAAAAAGUUUUGAGUAGUAUUGAUGAAGGGAAGAAAUUAUCCGAAGACUUGCAAGCCAAAGCUGAUCAGUUGAAUGAUGAGAAGUCAACAUUGUCGGUUGAGAAUGGAUCGCUGAAACAUGAACUCGAAUCUAUGAAAGGGGAAGUUUCUGAUCUGAAGCAAAGACUGGAAUCUGCAAAUGAGAGGGCUGCUGAUUUAGCUCAGGGAUUGGGUUCUGCUCAGGAGGAGAAUAUGGCACUGGCUUCAAAAAAUGUAGAAAUUUCCAAUGUCAUGGCUCAGGCACGGAGAGAAAUACAGGAACUUACAGAAGAAGUUCAACAGUUGAGUCAGAGAUCCAAUGAGAGUGAAGCUGAACUUUCUGCGCUCAAAAAGAUACAUGAGGAAUUCGAAAAUGAAGCAUCAGCUCGAAUAAAGGGUUUAGAGGCACAGAUAACUGAUUUGCGGUCGGAGAUGGACUCUUUACGAGCCCAGAAAAGCGAACUGGAACAGCAGUUUGAAGAUAAAUCAAAGGAAGCUAAACAAUUGGGUGAGGAAAAUUUGGGGCUGCUGUCGGUUCAAACUAAACUACGAGACCAAAUUUCAGGGUUGGAAAUAAUAUCAAUAGACAGAGGGAGUGAAGUUUCUGCUCUCUUGAAGAAAAUUGAUGAUAGCCAGAGUGAGGCAACGACUCAAACAGAGAGUUUAACAGCGCAGUUGGACAAUCUGCAAUUGGAGGUGGACUCUUUACAUUCUCAGAGAAGUGAUUUGGAAGAGAAAAUCAAAAGUAAAAGUGAUGAAACUAAACAAUUGAGGGAGGAGAAUUUGGUACUGCAGCUAGGCCUAACUGGCUUGCAAAAUCAGGUAAUUGAAUGGGAAAGAACAGUGAAAGAAAAAGAAUGUGAAAUCUCUGCUCUCGAUGAGGAACUGAAGGACAGAAAGAAGGAAGCAGCAGUUCAGAUCAAUGACUUACUACUGGAACUAGAUUCCUUGCGUACUAAGGAAAACCAAUUACAGUUGCAAAUUGUGGAAAAAAACCAAGAAGGUCCAGAAUAUGAGAAGAAGAUUGAAAAUCUGAACCAUGAGAAAGGCUAUCUGGCAGUGCAGGUAACCGACCUUCAGCUGGAGGUGAAUUCUUUGUUGUCACAGAAAAAUGAAUUAGAAAAGCAGAUCAAAAUUAAGAAUCAUCAAGCAGAAGAGUUGAUGAAGGAAAACCAGGCACUGCAGCUCAUGGGGACCAAGUUGCAAGAUCAGAUUUUGGAUUUGGAGAGAACAUCAUCAGAGAGAGGAGACGAACUCUCUGCUCUUCUGGAGAAACUUGAGGAUAGCAAGAAUGAAGGGUCAGCUCAAAUUGCAGACUUAAUAGCACAGGUCAAUGGAUUGCAAGUGGAGUUGGACUCCUUGCACUCCCAGAAAAGCCAUUUGGAAUUGCAGAUUGUGGAAGAAAAACAAGAAGCUGCAGGAAGACAGACCCAAGUGGAGAACAUAAACAUGGAGUUAACUAGCAAGGUUGCUGAUCAGAAGAGAUUGCUGGAAGACCAGGAAGAUAGAAUCCGCAAGUUAACUGAAGAAUACAAACAACUUGAGGAUCUAUAUCGGGAAUCACAGGAGAAUCUGCAAUUGGCUCAUAAAAAGAACGAAGAAAUGGGAGAAGUGUACCAGAGAAAUGUUGAUUCUAAAGAUGAGAUGAUACAUAUGUUGCAGAGGAUGGCUGAGGAGCUGAAGAAAGAGGUAGAAAUUGGAAGAGAAGAGGUUACUACACUGAAAACAGAGUUGAGUGAAUUGGAGGGGAAUCAUAGAGAUCUUCAGGAAAGGCUCUACUCCACAGAAUCAGAUAAGACCGUUGCAACUGUAGAGAAGGAGCGCCUUCUGCGAGCAAAGUCUGAAACUACAGAAAUGAUGCAGAGAAUUCAAAGAGAGCAGCAGGGAGAGAUUGCAAGGUUACAGGAUGAGAUCAACACUAUUGAAGUUAAAAUACGGCUGUCAAACCGGAAGCUACAUAUCACCGAACAAUUACUCACUGAGAGAGAAGAAAGCUACAGGAAGAAGGAAGAGCAGUUCGUACAAGAAUGCAAAGAACUUGAGGAUCAGAACUCCAAAUUGUCCAAUGAGAUUGCUACUGUUCAGAGUGAUCUCGUAGAGAUCAGGACUACACUGGAGAAGUUUUGCAAUUCAUUCUCUGGACUUGAACUGGUGUUCCAGAAGUUCCAGGAAGAUGAUAGUUCCUUCCGGAACCGUAUUGCAGAAGUCUCAGAAGCACUUCGGAUUGCAAAGAUCUGGGUCACCGGCACAAAUGAUAAGAAAAAAGAACUGGAAAGUUCGGUAGGUAGUCUAGUUGAGACACUGAAAGAUAAGCAAGAACAGGAAACGGGGUUAAGAGAUAGAGUUGGUGAGUUAGAAGUGAAGGUGAGUGAAGGGGAAGAGGAGAAGGAGAAACUGAUGAUGAGUGUAACUGAACUUAAGAAGAAGGCAAGAGAAUUGGAAAAGAGGCUCAAAGAAAAAGAAGAUGUGGUGCUCAGUAUGGAGGAAGAGAAGAAAGAAGCUAUAAGGCAGUUGUGCAUUUGCAUCGAAUACCACCGUGAUCAAAUUGAUUAUCUGGUGGAAUUGCUCCCAAAGAAAAUAGUGAGCAAACAGAGGGCAGCUUAGAUUUCUUUUCUUCUGUUUGGUUUUUCGUGGAUGUGGUUUAAUCAAUCUUAUCGUCUUCAUUUUCACCCCAGGGCAGGUGGAUUUGUUAAUUGAAUUGAGUGCUGAAGAAAUUAACUGAAUGAGUAAUGACUAGCAAAUUUAGCUUUUUCUUUCGAUUGAUGUAUUGUUUGAGAAAAUUUUACUACCCCCUAUAGAAGGGGACAAAAGUUGUUGAAUGAACUUUACACCCCAAAAAAAGGAAAAAAGAAAAAAAUUGAAUGAAAAUGGUUUCAUCGGUUUCAUUUUGUUCAAA